GGGAGGGGGCGCUGGAAUCCGCGGGACGGGCGAGCGGGCACUACUCUCUCCGGGCGCGGUGUGUGCCUCGGCUCGGCCCCGGCCUACCGGGGCUCCGGUUGUGGUGAGCGCCUCCUCCCGACCUCUCACGAGCCGGAGGACCUCUUUACACCCGGGGAUCCUUCGCUCAGGCCCGCUGGCAGCUUCCGGGAACCACCUGGAGGCGGGGCUGUGGGGGCGGGGUUCCGUGAUUGACAUCUUUCUCCGCAGACUGAACGGGCUACCUCUGGACCCCUCCCCUGUCCCCCAACGCUGAGCCGACACCAUGCAUGGGCGCCUGAAGGUGAAGACGUCCGAAGAGCAGGCAGAAGCUAAAAGGCUAGAACGGGAGCAGAAGCUGAAGCUCUACCAGUCAGCCACACAAGCUGUCUUCCAGAAGCGGCAGGCUGGUGAGCUGGACGAGUCAGUGCUAGAACUGACAAGCCAGAUUCUGGGAGCCAACCCUGAUUUUGCCACCCUCUGGAACUGUCGCCGAGAAGUGCUCCAGCAGCUAGAAACCCAGAAGUCCCCUGAGGAGUUGGAUGCUCUUGUGAAAGCAGAGCUAGGCUUCCUAGAGAGCUGUCUGCGCGUGAACCCCAAGUCCUAUGGCACCUGGCACCACCGCUGCUGGCUUCUAGGCCGCCUGCCUGAGCCCAACUGGGCCCGAGAGCUGGAACUGUGUGCUCGCUUCCUUGAAGUUGAUGAGCGGAACUUUCAUUGCUGGGACUAUCGGCGGUUUGUCGCUGCGCAGGCUGCUGUAGCGCCUGCAGAAGAGCUAGCCUUCACUGAUAGCCUCAUCACCCGGAACUUCUCCAACUAUUCCUCCUGGCAUUACCGCUCCUGCCUCCUGCCCCAGCUGCACCCCCAGCCAGACUCGGGCCCACAGGGACGCCUCCCUGAAAACAUACUGCUGAAAGAGCUGGAGUUGGUGCAAAAUGCCUUCUUUACUGACCCCAACGAUCAGAGUGCCUGGUUCUAUCACCGCUGGCUCCUUGGCCGGGCGGAGCCACAGGACGUUCUGCGCUGCCUGCACGUGAGCCGGGAUGAGGCCUGUCUGUCAGUCUGCUUUUCUCGUCCCCUAAUAGUGGGCUCCAGGAUGGGGACUUUACUACUCAUGGUUGAUGAGGCGCCUCUGGGUGUGGCGUGGAGGACUCCAGAUGGCGGGAACCGGGCCAGCCAUGUCUGGCUGUGUGACCUGCCCACCGCCUCUCUCAAUGACCAGCUGCCCCAGCACACGUUCCGUGUCAUCUGGACAGCAAGUGAUGCCCAGAAGGAGUGUGUGCUCUUUAAAGGCCGCCAGGAGUGCUGGUGCCGGGACUCAGCCACUGAUGAGCAGCUAUUCAGGUGUGAGCUGUCGGUGGAAAAGUCCACAGUGCUGCAGUCUGAGCUUGAAUCCUGUAAGGAGCUGCAGGAGCUGGAGCCUGAGAAUAAAUGGUGCCUGCUGACCAUCAUCCUGCUGAUGCGGGCCCUGGACCCCCUCCUCUAUGAGAAAGAGACGCUACAAUACUUCCGCACCCUCAAAGCUGUGGACCCAAUGAGAGCAGCGUACUUGGAUGACCUGCGCAGCAAGUUCCUGCUGGAGAACAGCGUCCUCAGGAUGGAGUAUGCCGAGGUGCGUGUGCUGCACCUGGCUAACAAGGAUCUGACAGUGCUCUGCCACCUGGAGCAGCUACUCUUGGUCACUCAUCUUGACCUGUCACAUAAUCGUCUCCGAGCCCUACCCCCAGCCCUGGGUGCUCUGCGCUGUCUUGAGGUGCUGCAGGCCAAUGAUAAUGCCCUAGAGUCCUUGGAUGGUGUGGCUAACCUUCCCCGGCUGCAGGAGCUGGUACUAUGCAAUAACCGCCUCCAUCAGUCUGCAACUCUCCAGCCUCUUGCCUCUUGCCCCAGGCUAGUCCUCCUCGACCUGCAGGGCAACUCACUGUGCCAAGAACAGGGCAUCUCGGAGCGUUUGGCUGCAAUGCUGCCUUCUGUCAGCAGUAUCCUCACCUAGGAGGCCCCGCCCUCACCCUUACCCUUUAACUUAUUGGGACUGAAUAAAGAAUGGAGAGGC